UGUCUGUUUUCCCUUCAGUUGUUUGGUUGUGCGGCAGCAGCGCAGGUCAAGACCACCAACGAGGUGAAGGGUCAGUACCUCUCCGUCAACCUGGCGUUCGCUGUGGGCGUCGUCUCCGCCGUCUACAUCUCCCGAGGAGUCUCCGGAGCGCACCUGAACCCUGCCGUCUCUCUCAGCUUCUGUGUGCUGGGGAGGUUCCAGUGGAAACGGUUGCCUUUUUACACCCUCUUCCAAAUCAUGGGGGCCUUCGCGGCGUCCGGAACGGUCUUCAUUCAAUACUACGACGCCAUCAUGCAGUACAGCGGGGGCAACCUCACAGUCACUGGGCCCUUAGAGACGGCCUCUAUCUUCGCUACCUACCCCAGUGAAUAUCUCUCGUUUUCAAAUGCGUUCGUGGACCAGGUGAUCGGCACAGCCGCCCUGCUCCUGUGCAUCCUCCCCCUGGAUGAUUCCCGGAACAGCCCGGCUCCCGAGGGUCUGCAGCCCCUGCUGGUCGGCUUCGUGGUCCUGGGGAUUGGCAUGGCCAUGAGCUCCAACUGCGGGGGGGCCAUCAACCCCGCCAGGGACCUGGGGCCCCGCCUGUUCACCCUGGCAGCGGGCUGGGGCCCCGAAGUCUUCACGGCGUUUGAGAACUGGUGGUGGAUUCCCGUUGUGGCCCCUCUGAUCGGUGGAGUGACGGGGGCUUCACUGUAUCAGCUUUUCAUUGAGUUUCAUCACGAGGACCCGGAGACAGACCAGCCCGAGGCGAAGACGCGAGAGAACGGGGCGUCCCAAACCAGCAAGUUUUGAAAAAACGUUUUUGCUUUUUAUUUUACGCUGAUGAAGGCACUGGAGCCCAAACGCUGGUCUGCUUGACUCGGUCUCUUCUAGUUUCAAUAAUAACACUGAUGAAGGCACUGGAGCCCAAACGCUGGUCUGCUUGACUUGGUCUCUUCUAGUUUCAAUAAUAACACUGAUGAAGGCACUGGAGCCCAAACGCUGGUCUGCUUGACUCGGUCUCUUCUAGUUUCAAUAAUAACACUGAUGAAGGCACUAGAGCCCAAACGCUGGUCUGCUUGACUUGGUCUCUUCUAGUUUCAACAGUAACACUGAUGAAGGCACUGGAGCCCAAACGCUGGUCUGCUUGACUCGGUCUCUUCUAGUUUCAAUAAUAACACUGAUGAAGGCACUGGAGCCCAAACGCUGGUCUGCUUGACUCGGUCUCUUCUAGUUUCAAUAACACUGAAGAAGGCUCUAGAGCCCAAACGCUGGUCUGCUUGACUCAGUCUCUUCUAGUUUCAAUAAUAACACUGAUGAAGGCACUGGAGCCCAAACGCUGGUCUGCUUGACUCAGUCUCUUCUAGUUUCAAUAAUAACACUGAUGAAGGCACUGGAGCCCAAACGCUGGUCUGCUUGACUCGGUCUCUUCUAGUUUCAAUAAUAACACUGAUGAAGGCACUGGAGCCCAAACGCUGGUCUGCUUGACUCGGUCUCUUCUAGUUUCAAUAAUAACACUGAUGAAGGCACUGGAGCCCAAACGCUGGUCUGCUUGACUCGGUCUCUUCUAGUUUCAUCUCAAUAAUAACACUGAUGAAGGCACUGGAGCCCAAACGCUGGUCUGCUUGACUCGGUCUCUUCUAGUUUCAUCUCAAUAAUAACACUGAUGAAGGCACUGGAGCCCAAACGCUGGUCUGCUUGACUCGGUCUCUUCUAGUUUCAAUAAUAACACUGAUGAAGGCACUGGAGCCCAAACGCUGGUCUGCUUGACUCGGUCUCUUCUAGUUUCAUCUCAAUAAUAACACCUGUGCUUUUAUCCUUUCCCCUUAAAUUUGGACAUCGCAGAAAUGACGACACCUCAGUUAAUAGCUUCUAGGAAACAAACACUCCCUUUCAAGGACAUACAUUUGCAGUAGAAUUGUAUACAAUUGUAUUUUUUGUAUGUAUAUAUAUUGAUAUAUUACAAAGAGGGUAUUAUCUUAGUAAACUGGGUGUGCUUUACCUCCCCCGUGCCUGGAAAAUGUUAAAAUGUAAAACACCAAAAAUAAUUUUAAAACAAAGACAUGUACUGCGUUGAUACUUGGAAAGAAAUAAA